AUGGAGGGCGCGUCGCUGUGCGUGGUGAGCGGCGCGACCCGCGGGCUGGGCCGCGCGCUGUCGCGACUGCUAUGUCGGCGACUCGGCCACGGGUCGGUGCUAGUGCUGAGCGGCCGCAGCGCCGCCGCCCUGCGGGAGCUGGAGGCCGAGCUGGGGGAGGGCGGGGCCGGCCCGCGCAUGCGCCUGCUCUGCCUGCCCGCCGACCUGAGCGCCCCGGCCGGACUGCGCCACCUGCUGGCCGCCAUGCGGGAACUGCCGCCGGACCCCGGCCUCCGACGCCUCGUCCUCAUCAAUAACGCCGGUUCCCUGGGAGACGUCUCCAAAGGCUUUGUGGACUUGGAGGACCCGGCUGAAGUGAACGAUUACUGGGCGCUCAAUCUGACCUCGGCCCUCUGCCUGACCUCCGGCAUCCUGCGGGCCUUCCCCCCGAGGCCUGACCUGACCCGCACUGUGGUCAACAUCUCCUCCCUCUGCGCCCUGAAGCCGCACAAGAGCUGGGGCCUCUACUGCGCCGGGAAAGCGGCCCGGGACAUGAUGUUCCGAGUGCUGGCUGCCGAGGAGCCGGACCUCAGGGUGCUGAACUACGCGCCAGGCCCCCUGGACACGGACAUGCAGGAGGAGGCCCGCACGCUCACGAAGGACCCGGACCUGCGGCAGGCGUUACUCCAGCUGAAGCAGAGCGGGGGCCUUGUCCACUGCGAGGACUCAGCCCGGAAGCUGCUGGACCUGCUCUUCGAAGACACGUUCGAAUCCGGGGCCCACGUCGACUUCUACGAUGUUUAGAUGCCCCCUCCUCUGCUCACACGACCACCCCCGUCGACCGUCACCCACCCUCCCACCUUCCCCCCCAAACUCCCACCCAUACCGACACCCCUGGACCCCAGCUGGCUGCGUGGCGACUAACGAGUUUAGUUUUCCUUUCGUGUUAGAAGCGUGGGCCUUUGAAGGUGAUCCCUGCUUAGGUUUGCAGCUGUGAGAAGACAACUCCAGGCUCUCUAGCAGAUGCCGCUGCUGUUUCUGACUCUGCCUCUGUAACUCAGCUUGUCGUUUUGUUCCCGUGUUUCUCUCCACCUUACAUGGUUUGGCCCCGCAGAAACUCCGACCGUGCUUUUCCUGUCCAUUCAUUCGUUCGUGUUUAUUGAGUGCUUAUUGUGUGCAGAGCACUGGACUAAGCGCUUAGGAGAGAACGAUACCACAGUAAACUGACACAUUCCCUGCCCACAAUGAGCUUACAGUCUGGGGCGGCGGGAGUUCAGCCUUCUAGACCUCAUGAUUCCUUAUACAAGGUCCUUUACUGUCUAUUCCAAGGGUGAUUCUCACACACAUGGCUGUAGCUAUUUGUGCUGACUUUAAUAAAACCCAAAAAAAUCCAAGAACUGAA